AUGGCGUUUGGAUGGCGGUUUGGUCAUAGCGAUAGAAGAGCAGGCGGCGGAAGCAAUUCGGACGUCGGGAACCUCGCCUCACCGGCACCCUCCAAAGGCGGGAGGAUCAUCCUCAUUGACGACGCUGCGCACCCCUUCUUCCCCACGAGCGCCCAAGGUGCUUCGCAAGCCAUUGAAGGUGGCGUCACUCUCGCAGUUCUGUUUCAGCUCGCAGGUAAGCAGAACGUACCAGUCGCACUGCAGGCUUGGGAGAAGAUCAGGUCAUGGGCGAGUCGACGCGUGACAAGUGGCAUCAUGCUCAGCUCGAGGACAAGGGCGAGAAGCUCGAUAUGCCACGACCUGCGUGGCUGCUCGCAUUUGA